AUGAACAGCUGUGUGUUCCUGAAAAAGAAUACUGCCGUGCAUCGAGUAUAUCUCAUUUUCAUUUUCAAACAGAUAUUGAGUUCAAUAAUGACUUUCAAAUCUCAACCUUCUUCUUUUGUACCUAAUUCGGAAGCUAAUUGUCAUGAGAGCGAGAAAAGAACAAAUUUGACAGUUUGUCAGUUGCUAAGUGUUGUUAAUAAACUUUACUCGUUAUUUUUGCAACCAAGAUUCAAAAUCGCAGACAGUGCUCAUUCAAGUUAUAUUUUCCUCUAA